AUGCCCAGCGGCGCGCCAGACUACUGUGGCUGGGGCGCCAAGCAGGGCAGCAAGGUGCGCACAUGGAAGAACCGCUACUUCGUUCUGCGCGGGCGCGAGCUCAUCUACUACUCGGGCGCCAAGAGCGACGGCAGCGGCGCCGGGGUCGGCGAAAAGGGCCGCCUCACGGUGGUGAACGUGGACUACUCGCCCGACCGCAAGAACGGGCUGCUCAUCCGGGGCGAGGGCAAGGACCUCAAGAUGACGACGGCCAGCGCGCAGGAGAGCCGCGUGCUGUUCCGGAAGAUCAAAGAGGCCAUCGGCGAGCAGGAGACGAGCUUCCGAGACUCGACGCAGAAGAGGAGGGCUCAGCCGCCGCCCAAGCCCAAGAAGGUUGUGGAGAAGGAGGGCUGGCUGCUGAAGGAGGAGACGCAGCUGCAGGCCUGGAAGCGCCGAUACGUGACGCUGAGCGGCAAGACGAUGGAGUUCUGCGCCGACCAGAACACGCCGCCACUGGAGUCGCACACUCUGGCCCGGGUGCAGGCGGACGAGACCAGUCCGCUGUCGCUGGAGGUCGCAGCUAGAAGUGGCCGAAGAUUCCACGUUGCGGCGGAGACGAGGGAGGAGAUCGAAAGCUGGGACAGAGCGAUUGCCGCUGCUAUUGGACAGCCGCUGGCGCUGCGUCAGGUGAUCGAAGUGCAAGAGGAAGUCGAUAAUCAGGAAACGGCGACGGUGGGGGACACAGAGCUAGUAGCGCGGAAAUACUCGACGGCAGUGUGUGAAGGCUGGCUAGAGAAGCUUGGACAACGGAGCCAGAUGUGGAAGAAGCGGUACAUGACGCUGUCAAACGGGAUGCUGGAGUACCGCAAGGGGCCGAUGGAGCAGCUGUCGGCCGAGCUUUAUGUCACCGAUGUGAGAUACAGCAGCAAAUACUCGGACACGCUGGAAAUCGAGUUUGGGUCAGAUAAAUCACUCAGCGAUAGCGACGUGAUUUUCGUGCGCGCCAAGUCCAUCCGUGAGCUGGACAAGUGGAUGUAUGCGCUUUGCGAUGUCGUUGGCAAACCGCGGUUGGAGCCUGCAGAAGCGACUUUCGACCCUUUGUCACCAACGAGCAGUGAGCCAGCAGAAGACCGGCAAAGCAAGACCCAGUUGCCGCCAUUUCCGAGGAACGUAUCCCAUUCGCAAGGUAGUGACAAUUCUGGAACGACUUCAAGUAACACCCAGCCCUCAACUCCUGUUAACGGUGGUCGCCCGUCUGGCAAGCAAGUGGUGGCAGCUACCUCCGCUCACCGCAUCAAACGUGGAUGGCUGCACAAGCAAAGCGAGCAAAGUUUGGCUUGGAAGUUGCGGUACUUCGUUCUUGAUGGGAAUACCCUUCAUCACUUUGAACACAUUAACGGGACGCCCAAGACGCUUGGAAAUGUGACGAAUGUCACUCGCAAUCACGAAUCAAUUGGAUGCUUAGGUGUCCAAUUUGAGAAUGGGAGCAAAUUGAAGGUAUAUGGGCAAACGAAAGCUGACACCGAGUCGUGGUUUGCUGCAUUGUGUAAGGCAUCGUGGAACUCAGCAGAGAACCCGGCGGACUUGGUCUCAUUUUCUAACCAAGAAGAGGAGGAGCUCAACGAUAAUGGCUUCCGAGGGUGGCUUCUGAAGAAGGGGCAAAACUUUAAGACCUGGAAACGACGCUACUUUGUGCUCGAAAGUAGUCGGCUAGCCUACAGUGCGAAAGCUGGAGGUGACGUCCUGGGUUCCGGCGUGGUGUUUGAUGUGGAUGUUGGAGAUCUUCGCCCAUUUUGCCUGAACAUUCGCUUCCAGAAUGGUCGGCUGCUUCACGUCGUCGCUCCGACGCAAGAAUCUUUCGCAAGAUGGUUUGACGUGCUUCGAACAGCGUCUAACCUGGCUGAGUCGUUUAUGUCGCAAAGCAAGGGGGCCAUUGUUCUUGACGAAGAGUUUGACAAUGAUGCUGGCGACAACGCUGAUGAAGCGGAUGUGGAUUUUACCGAAGAGGACCUCGCUGAGUACGAAAUGACUCUACGCGAUGGUGAAGGGGCUUCUCUAUGGAUCGCCGCGAUGCAGAACAAACCGGAAUACGAUGCUUUGAGCUCAUCUGCCUCAGAACAAGGCGAUGAAGAAGUGGUAGAGCCCAAAGAUGCUGACCUUGUGCCUCGCGAAGGCAACGAACGUCUUAGUGAGUCUCAAGGAUGUGUCGGAUGGCUAAAAAAGGAAGGAGGCAAAGUCAAGAGCUGGAAGAGGCGAUACUUCACUUUGUACGGUUCAAAGCUAAGCUACUACAAGACGGAUAAGGGCUCUCUGCUGCGCUCCGUCAAAGUGGUCAAUAUCGCGGCAAAUCCCUCGGUCGCCUUUGGUCUUACUGUAUCCACUGCCGGUGGUCGCAAGCUUGUCAUUCAAGCCGAUUCAAAAGAAGACUUUGAGAUGUGGCUUGGUGCAGUUCGAGAGGCUGUAGCUGCGGGGGAGAAAGAAAGGAAGUCGUCUGUGAUUGAGCCACCAAGUAUGGUCAGUGUCAUGGAAAAUAGAUCGAGCGACGACCUUAAAGCCUCAACCAGCUACAGCGGUUGGCUUCAGAAGGAAGGCCAGAGGUUCAAGACGUGGAAACGGCGAUACUUCACAGUGAAGAACAGUGCUCUGAUCUACUACAACGAGAUCGGCGGUGUGACACGCGGUCACGGCAUGGUAAAAGGAGCUCGCCCCGAUGACUCAAAACCUCUCACCCUGGUUAUCGAGUUCCGCAGCGGAAAGAGCAUGCGCGUGACAGCUGCAAGCGAGGCGGAAAUGAACUCGUGGCACCAAGUGCUGUCCAGAGGCCGCUCGUCGAGUAGCAGACCGACUGCGGUGUCGGAUAUUAGCGACGACGUCGUUGAUUCAGAAGAAGAAGAUGGCAACGGCGAUGAUAACGGAGAACGCGCAGCACGAAUCAGCCGAUUCGACUCGAAGGAUUAUCUGAACGACACAAUCACCAACGACACGUUCAUGCGCCUUCAAGACCAAGAGGGAAAAUCGGCCCUGCUGGAAUCUCGCAAUGGCGGGGUCACCGGUACUAUGGCCGCUGGUCACUCUUUCAAGGGAGAACUCAAGUUCAACGACGAAGACGAAGAGAAGGAAGACAUGCAACUCAGCUCCACUGGCGGAGAGUAUUACUAUCGAGAGCUAGUUGCCGAAGAGGAACGGCUUCGGCAGCUGCAGUCGGGUGAGAGGCUCGUUAAGGGUGAGCCGCCGAUCGCUGGCUACAAGGCGCGCCGCACAUUCCUCGGCGGGGAGUUCGAGGUCCGGUUGUUUGAGGUGGACGACGCUGGCAUCGCUGCGGUGGUUUUCCAGAUAUCCACAGAGCAUGGCUCACCACUCAAGUUUUCGCGCGUGUUCUCUCGAGCCGAGCUGGACAAAGCGGGGAUCACAAAGACGCUAGAAGGACACGUUGCGCUCGUGGAUUCGCUUGAGCUGGUUGAAGACGCCUACUUUACGGGCAAUGACGCAGUCGGAGCCGGGCAAAAUGUACUCGCGGCCUACCAGUUAUCGUCCACGCUUCCUGGCAUCAGCUUUCCGCCGCCCAUCGUUUCACACCAAGCCGCUCUCGCCUACUUCGCGCGGGCCCCGCCGAACGCCAUGGCGGACGAGUUGCAGUCGUCGGAAGAGCUCGCGUUCGUCGCCGAGGAGGUGGACCGCAUCAUCCUCACGUCGAUCGAGAGCUGUCUGAAGGACGAGGUGUACGACGAGCAGAAGGUCUCGCAGUGGGUCGACUACAUCUGCGAGUCCAUCAUGAAGGGCCUCAGCGAGCUGCGCAAGCCGCUCAAGUACAUAGUGAGCUGUCUCAUCAUGCAGAAGAACGGCGCCGGCGUGCACGCCUCGGUCUCCUGCCACUGGGACACCGUCACCGACGGCGCCCACGUCGUCAAGUGGCCGGGCGACAAGCACAAAGACCACAAUCGAUCCAUGUACUGCGUCAUCACCGUGAGCGGCCUGAGCUUCUAGCAGAUCGAGGACCUAGAUACUUCUGAUUUAGGUGUUGUAGGUUCACAAAACUCUUUAACUAACGCGCGGCGUCCCGUUUCCUCUUGCGCCCA